GAAAAUCACAAAAGCAGCGGCAGUAAGCAGCAGCUAUUUAGCGAAAAAAAAAAAAAAAAAUAGCUUCAUCUUCAGAAAGAAAAGAAAAGCCAGUUUUCAGUUGCUCAUUUGUUUAUGCGAUAAAGCAAAAGCACUAAAUCAAAGAGAUCCAUUCUUUUCUUGCUAUCUGAGCAAUUACUUUGUCCCACUCCUCACCCAAAGUAUCUCUUUCCCAAUGGCUUCUCUCUUUUAUACCAAAACUAACCAUUGCAUACUCCCCACCGUUUUCAAUUCUCUCAAACCCCAAUUUGCCGUUCUUUUGCUUUGCGUUUCUAUCUUCACUGUCAAAUUUGUAGCAGCCAUCGUAAUUCUGGCUGUGAUUGAUUCCCGAUGGCUAGUUCCAGCGGGACCAAAAGCGACGGGGGACCUCCGCGCUCGCUGUCUCGGAAGAUGACUCGGGCUCAGACAAUGAUGGUCAAUUUGCCCGAUGAGGAUUCUGCCUUCGAUAGUGAACUUGUCCCGUCUUCUAUGUCGGUUAUCGCUCCCAUUCUUCGGGUAGCAAAUGAGGUUGAGAAGGACAAUCCCAGAGUUGCUUAUCUAUGUCGCUUCCAUGCUCUUGAGAAGGCUCACAAGAUGGAUCCAUUCUCAAAUGGACGUGGUGUUCGCCAGUUCAAGACCUAUCUCUUGCAUAGGCUUGAAAGGGAAGAAGUUGAAACACAACGUCAGCUUGCAGGAACUGAUCCAAAAGAAAUCCAGCUGUAUUACCAGAAAUUCUAUGUAGAAAACAUAAAAGAAGGCCAAUAUGUGAAAAAACCGGAAGAGAUGGCUAAGCUCGUUCAGAUUGCGGCAGUAUUGUAUGAUGUGCUUAUAACAGUCGUACCUACUUCAAAAAUUGAAAAUGAGACACAAAGAUAUGCACGAGAUGUUGAUAGUUUGAGGGAACAGUAUGAGCAUUACAACAUUCUUCCACUGUAUGCUGCAGGGAUAAAACCUGCAAUUAUGGAACUUCCUGAGAUCAAAGCUGCACUCCACGCACUACGUAAUGUGGAAAAUCUUCCCAUGCCCAGAAUCAGCCUGGCACAUGAUGCCCACCAUGAUGUGCAAAAGGAAAGGGUUAAAUCAGUAAAUGACAUCCUUGAUUGGCUUUCAUCUGUUUUUGGUUUUCAGAGAGGGAAUGUGGCUAAUCAGAGGGAGCACCUUAUAUUGCUACUAGCCAAUAUUGAUGCAAGGAAAAGGAGCCUUGAAAAUUAUUCUGAGCUUGAUAGUGGCACCAUAGAGCAGUUGAUGGAUAAAAUAUUUAAGAACUAUCGUUCUUGGUGUGACUAUUUGCGUUGUGAAUCAAAUCUAAGGUUUCCCCAGCGUUCUGAUAGACAACAAUUAGAGCUUAUCUACAUUGGUCUUUAUCUUCUCAUAUGGGGUGAAGCUUCAAAUAUUCGCUUCAUGCCAGAAUGCAUUUGCUAUAUCUUCCAUAAUAUGGCCUAUGAGGUUUAUGGAAUAUUAUAUAGCAAUGUGCAUCCUGUUAGUGGAGAGACCUAUGAGACAGCAGCUCCAGAUGAUGAAGCCUUCUUGAGGAAUGUUAUAACUCCAAUUUACCAGGUUUUGCGUAAGGAAUCUAAGAGAAAUAAAGGAGGCACAGCAAGCCAUUCAAGAUGGAGAAAUUAUGAUGAUUUGAAUGAAUACUUUUGGUCUGACAAAUGUUUCAAUCUGAAAUGGCCAAUGGACUUGAAAGCAGAUUUUUUUGUUCAUGAUGAGAUGUCACCUGUAAAUGAGAGAUCUAAUCGAGGCACUAGUGGACAUAGGAAGCCUAAGACAAAUUUUGUUGAAGUCCGCACUUUUUGGCACCUCUAUAGAAGUUUUGAUCGAAUGUGGAUAUUCUUUAUAUUGGCUUUUCAGGCUAUGGUUAUCAUUGCAUGGAAUUCAUCUGGAUCAAUCGUUGAUGUUUUCAAUGAGGUUGUCUUCAGAAGUGUUUUGAGCAUUUUCGUCACUUCUGCUUUUCUCAAUUUUCUCCAAGCUGCUCUGGAUAUAGUUCUUAGUCUUAACGCCUGGAGGAGCUUAAAAGCCACACAGAUACUAAGAUACAUUCUGAAGUUUGCAGUAGCAGCUAUGUGGGCUGUAGUUCUGCCAAUUGGUUACUCCAGUUCUGUGCAGAAUCCAACAGGUCUUGUAAAAUUCUUCAGCAACUGGGCUAGAGAUUGGCAGAAUCAAGAAUUCUAUAAUUAUGCUGUUGCAUUGUAUUUGAUACCUAAUGUGUUGGCUGCUGUACUUUUUGUGCUUCCACCCCUGCGGAGAAGAAUGGAGCGCUCAAACUGGCGGAUUAUGACUUUUAUUAUGUGGUGGGCUCAGCCAAAACUAUAUGUAGGAAGAGGCAUGCAUGAAGAUAUGUUCACACUUUUAAAGUAUACACUGUUCUGGGUCAUGCUGCUAAUUAGCAAGCUAGCAUUUAGCUACUAUGUUGAGAUACUGCCUUUGGUUGGACCAACCAAAUUGAUUAUGGAUAUGCAUAUUGACAACUAUCAAUGGCACGAGUUCUUUCCAAAUGUUACCCACAAUAUCGGUGUUGUUAUUGCUAUAUGGGCUCCUAUUGUGCUGGUUUAUUUUAUGGACGGGCAAAUAUGGUAUGCCAUAUUUUCUACUCUUUUUGGUGGGAUUUAUGGGGCCUUCAGCCAUUUGGGUGAGAUACGAACACUUGGAAUGUUAAGGUCCAGAUUUGAGUCUGUGCCUUCAGCUUUCAGUCGCCAUCUUGUUCCAUCAUCAAAAGAGGAUAAACACUCAGAGAAAGCAUUGAUUGAAAGAAAAAAUAUUGCAAAUUUUUCUCGAGUGUGGAAUGAAUUCAUCUAUUCUAUGAGAAAUGAAGAUUUGAUCAGCAACCAUGAAAGGGACUUGCUACUUGUACCAUAUUCUUCGACUGAUGUAUCUGUUGUUCAGUGGCCUCCCUUUUUACUUGCUAGCAAGAUUCCUAUAGCAUUGGACAUGGCAAAAGAUUUCAGGGGGAAGGAAGAUGCCGACUUAUUUAAGAAAAUGGAUGAUUAUAUGCUUUCAGCAGUAAUCGAGGCCUAUGAGAUGUUGAGGGACAUAGUAUAUGGCCUUUUGGAAGAUGAUGCAGAUAGAAAGAUUAUAAGACACAUUUGUUAUGAAGUGGACAUAAGCAUUCAACAAAAUAAAUUUUUGAGUGAAUUCCGGAUGAGUGGCUUGCCUUUACUCAGUGAAAAGUUGGAGAUGUUUCUAAAAGUCUUGCUAGAGGUAGAUAACCAUGAAGAUGUUGAUGUGAACAGAUCUCAUAUAAUUAAUGUUCUCCAGGACAUCAUAGAAAUUAUUACUCAAGAUAUUAUGAUUCAUGGCCAUGAAAUCCUGGAAAGAGCUCACUCUACCAGUUCUGAUGAUCAAAAUAUCAAGAAGGAGCAGAGCUUUGGAAAGAUCAAUAUUGCUCUUACACAAAACAAAUCCUGGAAGGAGAAGGUUGUUAGGCUCCGUUUGCUUUUGACCACAAAGGAAUCUGCCAUAAAUGUACCAUCAAACUUGGAUGCUCGCCGCCGUAUCACUUUCUUUGCAAAUUCCUUAUUCAUGAACAUGCCAACUGCUCCAAGAGUCCGAGACAUGCUCUCCUUUAGUGUGUUGACUCCAUUUUACAAAGAAGAUGUUCUUUACUCUGAAGAAGAUCUUAAUAAGGAAAAUGAAGAUGGGAUAACAAUGUUAUUUUACCUGAAGACAAUAUAUCGUGAUGAAUGGAAAAAUUUUGAGGAACGAAUAGCUGAUCAUGAGCUUAAUUACUCUGCCAAAGAAAAGGCAGAAUUUCUUCGCCAGUGGGUAUCAUACAGGGGGCAGACGCUUGCUAGAACAGUGAGGGGUAUGAUGUACUACAAGAAAGCUCUCGAAGUUCAGUGCAACCUGGAAUUCACAGGAGACAAUGCAAGCCAAACCAAGGAAUUAAGCAGGCAGGAUCAACUUCAUCAGAAAGCCUUCCUUGAUCAUGCACAAGCUCUGGCAGAUUUGAAGUUCACCUAUGUGGUAUCUUGUCAAGUUUAUGGAAACCAGAAAAAAUCACCUGAUGCUCGAGACAGAAGUUGUUACAGUAAUAUUCUAAAUCUCAUGUUAACGUAUCCGUCGCUGCGUGUUGCUUACAUAGAUGAACGAGAAGAGAGUCACGACACAGCCAAUGGAAAACUUCAGAAGGUUUAUUACUCUGUUCUGGUCAAAGGAGGUGACAAGUUGGAUGAGGAAAUCUAUCGAAUCAAGCUUCCUGGUCCCCCUACUGAAAUUGGUGAAGGUAAACCUGAAAAUCAAAAUCAUGCCAUUAUCUUUACUCGUGGAGAAGCCCUUCAGACUAUAGACAUGAAUCAGGAUAAUUACUUUGAAGAGGCUUUCAAAAUGAGAAAUGUGUUAGAGGAGUUUAUAAAACAUAAACGUGGGCCACGAAUGCCUACAAUUUUGGGUUUGAGGGAGCAUAUAUUUACUGGAAGUGUUUCAUCACUUGCUUGGUUCAUGUCCAAUCAAGAGACCAGCUUUGUAACUAUUGGCCAACGUAUUUUGGCUAAUCCUCUGAGGGUGAGAUUCCACUAUGGUCAUCCUGAUAUAUUUGAUAGGAUCUUCCACAUAACAAGGGGUGGCGUAAGCAAAGCUUCAAAAAUAAUAAACUUAAGCGAGGAUAUAUUUUCAGGCUUCAAUUCAACUCUGCGUGGGGGAUACAUAACACAUCAUGAAUAUAUCCAAGUAGGCAAGGGGCGCGAUGUGGGAAUGAAUCAGAUAUCGUCUUUUGAAGCAAAGGUUGCAAAUGGCAAUGGAGAGCAAACACUUAGCCGUGAUGUUUAUCGACUUGGACGUCGGUUUGAUUUUUACAGAAUGCUGUCGUUCUAUUUCACAACUGUUGGUUUCUAUUUUAGUAGCAUGGUAACUGUACUUACCGUAUAUGUGUUCUUAUAUGGACGUUUGUACAUGGUAAUGAGUGGAUUAGAAAGGGAAAUUCUAUCUAGCCCAAGCAUACAUCAGAGCAAGGCUCUUGAAGAGGCCUUAGCUACUCAGUCAGUUUUUCAGCUGGGCUUGAUAUUAGUGCUACCUAUGGUUAUGGAAAUUGGCUUGGAGAAAGGUUUUCGCACUGCUCUGGGCGAUUUUGUCAUUAUGCAGCUGCAGUUGGCCUCUGUGUUCUUCACUUUCCAGCUAGGAACAAAGGCACAUUAUUUCGGGAGAACAAUUUUGCAUGGUGGAUCAAAGUACAGAGCAACUGGACGUGGGUUUGUUGUUUUCCAUAUGAAGUUUGCUGAGAACUACAGGACAUACUCGCGAAGUCACUUUGUGAAGGGAUUAGAGCUGAUUAUACUUUUGGUCUUGUAUGAAGUCUUUGGUGAAUCCUAUCGCAGUUCCAAUCUUUAUUGGUUUAUCACAUUCUCAAUGUGGUUUCUGGUUGGAUCCUGGUUGUUUGCUCCUUUUGUGUUUAACCCAUCUGGUUUUGACUGGCAAAAAACAGUGGAUGAUUGGACAGAUUGGAAGAGGUGGAUGGGCAAUAGGGGUGGUAUUGGGAUCCCUUUCGAUAAAAGUUGGGAAUCUUGGUGGGAUGGAGAACAAGAACAUCUCAAGCACACGAAUAUAAGGGGAAGGCUACUUGAGAUAAUCCUUGCAUUUCGUUUCUUUAUAUAUCAAUAUGGCAUUGUCUACCACCUUGAUAUAGCCCACCAUAGCAAAAGUUUGCUGGUUUAUGGACUUUCUUGGAUAGUUAUGAUAACUGCUCUUUUAGUCUUAAAGAUGGUAUCAAUGGGUAGACGAAGAUUUGGCAUUGACUUCCAGCUCAUGUUCAGGAUUCUGAAGGCACUUUUAUUCCUUGGCUUCAUGUCAGUAAUGGCGGUCUUAUUCAUAGUUUUUGGACUCACAGUAACAGAUUUGUUUGCUGCAAUCCUUGCGUUCAUGCCCACAGGGUGGGCUCUUCUUCUGAUUGGGCAAGCGUGCAAGCCCUUGUUUAAGAGGAUACAAUUCUGGGACUCAAUAAAGGAGCUAGCAAGGGCGUACGAGUACAUAAUGGGACUAAUACUUUUCAUGCCAAUAGCCAUUUUGUCAUGGUUUCCUUUUGUGUCAGAGUUCCAGACUCGUCUGCUGUUCAAUCAAGCCUUUAGCAGAGGCCUCCAGAUUUCUAUGAUUCUUGCUGGAAAGAGAGAUGGAUCUGAUGCUGGAAAGAAAGACAAGACAUAAUUAUUACCAUAAUCUCCACUGUUUGAUGAUUCAUCUUCAUGUUGUACUUACUGUACUCACUAACUCCACCACAUCCUUCUUUUUCCUUUUUAUUAUUUAUUUGAAAGGAAAAAAAAUAUAGUUACUGUAUUAUUAUUUUUCCCCCCAGCGUGAAUUCACGGCUGAAAUAUCUUUUUAGAGAACAACUUUGAAGAUAUAAUCACAAAUAACAUAACUUUGUUAAAAGAAAUUGGUAUUUGAAAUUUA